UCAAGAUCUAGCCUACAAAGUGCUUAUUGCUAUUGGUUCCUCAACUGAAACCACUGACACAUAACGGCACAAAAACUCUCCAUUACUACUUUUGGCUUUUUAAUCUUCAUCUUCUUCUUCAUUUUUUUUUUUCGUUUUCUAUUAGCUACUUUCGUCAAGAUGAAAAUCUUGAAUUGUUUCAAGAAGGUUAUAACGUCUCCCUAGAAAGUAAUUACGUUUAUUGAAGCAGUUCUGUUUUAUAUAUGUUUUGAAGUAGAAUAUGGGGGUGGGAGGCAAAUUCUGGGAUAUACUAAAACCCUAUACCCGACACGAAGGACCCGAUUUCUUGAGAGAAAAACGGGUCGCCAUCGAUCUUUCCUAUUGGAUUGUACAACACGAAACCGCCAUUAAAUCCUAUGCACGGAAACCUCAUCUCCGUCUUACCUUCUUCCGUACCAUCAACCUCUUCUCUAAGUUUGGGGCAUUCCCUGUUUUUGUUGUUGAUGGGACUCCCUCGCCUCUGAAAUCUCGCGCCAGAAUUUCGCGGUUUUUUCGUUCUUCCGGCAUUGAUUCUUCCGUUUUACCGACACCUGAAGAGGGUGUCUCGGUUGAGAGGAAUGGGGCAUUUUUGAAAUGUGUAAAAGAGUGCGUGGAAUUGCUUGAAUUAUUUGGGAUGCCUGUUUUAAAAGCAAAUGGUGAAGCUGAAGCGUUGUGUGCCCAGUUGAAUAGUCAGGGCCUUGUAGAUGCUUGUAUCACAGCUGAUAGUGAUGCCUUCUUGUUUGGGGCUAAAUGUGUGAUCAAAUCCAUCAAGCCUAACUCAAAAGAACCAUUUGAAUGCUACCAAAUGUCAGAUAUUGAAUCUGGUCUUGCGUUGAAGAGAAAGCAUUUGAUAGCCAUUGCUUUGUUGGUCGGAAAUGACCAUGAUCUAAAUGGAGUACAGGGGAUUGGAGUUGAUACAGCUCUUCGUUUUGUCCAAACUUUCCAUGAAGAUGAGAUAUUGAAUUGCUUACGUGAAAUAGGCAAAGGAAACACCAACAUAUUUCUUGGUGUUUCAAGGGUCGUUGAAGAUCUUAUGAUUGAUCCACAUGAGAACUCAUUAAAGUCAAAAAUCUCUCACUGCUCCUUUUGUGGGCAUCCUGGGAGUAAAAGAGCACAUUUUAAGUCUUCUUGUGAGUACUGUGGCAACAGUAAUGGUGAGGGUUGCACAAAAAAGUCAGGGGCGUUCAGAUGUAAUUGUGGCAGCUGUAACAAGGAUCGCAAAGCUAAGGAGGAGCAAAAGCGUGAAAAUUGGCAGAUAAAAGUUUGUGACAAGAUGUUUAUGGAGCCAAAUUUUCCAAAUGAUGAUAUCAUUGAAAUGUAUUUGUGCAACAAUCAUGCAGAGUUUACUGAGGAUGAUGACACAUGUUUAUCAUGGGGAAGCCCAAACACAGAUAUGCUGGUCGAUUUCUUGGCUUUUCAUAAGCUGUGGCAUCCGUCUUACAUUCGACAAAGGAUUCUUCCUGUGUUGUCCACCAUUUAUUUGAGAGAUAUGGCUGCAAAGCCAGAGAAAGCAUUGCUGUACGGCCAAUAUGAGUUUGAUUCUAUUCAACGUAUCAAAGUAAGAUAUGGGCACGAAUCUUAUGUGAUCAAAUGGAAAAAAGCUGCCAACACCAUUAGCAGUAACAUCUGCAUAAACAUUGUGGAAGAAUUGGAUAAGCACCAAGAAGACAUUGUGAAAACUGAUGAGUCCAUUGAUCAAUUGGAAGAGUACAAUGUCCCAAAAAGCUAUGUUGAUGAUGGGUGUUGGUUUUUGUUGACUGAUGAAAAUAUGGAUCUUGUUCAAAAUGCUUUCCCAGAUGCAGUUGACAAAUUUUUAAAGGAGAAGGAACAGAAAGAAUCAAAGAGAAGGCUCUCAUCCUCCACAGAAAAGUCAGAAUCAGUGAAGUCAAAAGGUGUCCAACUGAAUAUAACAGAGUUUUACCGAUCCACCAAAGUACAGUUUGCUGCAUCCGGAGGAGAAGAGCAAGCUGAUUGUUCUGAAAAUCAAGAUGAUGUGAUAUCUACAGAAAAGAGGAAAAUCUCUAGUUCAAACCUUCCAAAGUCUGUGAGACGCCGCCUUUUGUUCAAGUAGGAAACAUCAUAAAUUAAAAUGUAAAGCUUUAUUCCUUGUAAAUCUAGAAUAGUUACUUUUUUUGGAUAAACUGAGGAUAACUACAUAAAAAAUGUUGAUGAAUUUCUGGAGGCCUUUAGUGAUUAGUAAAUGAGCUGCCUUCUUUUUGUACAAAUGUUGCUUUUUUGUAAUUUUAAUUUUAGGGGUGCUUUCUUCUGCCUUUUUGCGAUAACGGUUGAACACCUUGUUCUGAAAUGUACAUAGUUUUUGGAAGUUUCAUUUCCUUCUGCAA